CAACCUAGAAGAGAACCAGGAAGUAACGCCGUCGUUUGUUUAGAUUAUUAGCUAGAACGCGCUUGGCAACUUCGUGAGUUACGUUUUUGCUUGCUUUAGAAAGUGGAAGGUGUAGCUAGAUAGGGUCAUUCAAAAUAGCAUCAUAACAUGAAUAAAACAGAGAGGGGAAUCAUGAGCUCAUUGCUUGUUGUUGUGGCUGUAACCUAUGUGCUCGUUAGCCGAGCAGAAUGUCACACUAGUACUACGCCAACGCCAUUGAAGUCUUGCAAAGCCUUCUCAACUUGUGACUCAUGCACUCAAAACCCACAGUGCCUGUGGUGCAUGACCAACGACACCUGCACAGACUACCCAGUGAGCUACAUUCUGCCUCCGCCUGCAGUGUGUAAACUGUCACAGGCACGAUGGGGAGUGUGUUGGGUGAACUUCGAGGCUCUGAUCAUUGCCAUGGCAGUGUUAGGCGGGACCAUCAUCAUCAGCAUUGCAGUCUGUUGCUGCUGCUGCUGUUGCUGCAAGAAACGUCAAUCAGGGCCAGACAGAGAUGAGGAGAGGUUUGCCAGGAGGAGAGAGGAGAUCAGACAGCGUGCUGAUGAACGGAAGGUGGAGAGGAAGGUGAGGCAUGAUGACAUCCGCAAGAAGUAUGGUCUUGUCCCUGACUCUGACCACCCAUACAGCAAGUUUGAAAAUGAGUAAACCAGAAACCUGUGUGAGAGAGAAGAGUUGUUCAGAUGGCUCUACUCUGCUCCAUCCUCUUUGGGCUGACUACCAUCCUGUCCUGCUGAUUGCUUUAGCUUAGAGAGCAGACACACACACCUAUACAUCAAGACCGGUCUAUCAUCAUGAUUCAUCUAAAUCAAAACCUUUGCCUAUAAUUAUUAAAUGCAGUUUUUAUUAAUUCAUUUUAGGUUCUGAUUGAAAAUUAUUUACAGUUUGAGAAUGUUAUGUUUUUCACACAAUUAAGAAGUUUGAAGAAGUCUGUAAUAUUUAGUUUGCUGUUGGAGACGUGGCACUGAGUGGAGCUUAACUUUCUGCACAUUGUCUGUGUAUUUUUGUGAAAUCUGAUUUAAAGAGCCUUUGUUUUAAAUUACUGUAAUAUCUGUGAGUACGUUUUCGCUUUGUAUAUAUUUUAUAAACCAAGAUAAUAAUUAUGCUCAAUCUGAUAUAUUUCCUAAUACAUUUUUUAUUUUAAAGUAAAAUGUUUAACAUUUUAACGACUUAACAAGUCUAAGAUCACCAUGAGCAAUGUCAAGCAUCUUCUGGAGUGGUGUAAAGCUCACCGCCAUUGGACUCUAAAGCAGCACUCUUCACCAUCUGGCAGUCCUGAAGGAUGAAUCUGGGGUUGGGGGAUGCCAGGCGAACGCUACCUACCUGAAUGCUUAGUGACAACUGUAAAGUUUGGUGUAGGAGGAAUAAUGAUCUGGGCCGUUUUUCAUUGUUCGGCCUAGGCCCUUUAGUUUCAGUGAAGGGAAAUCUUAAUGCUACAGCAUACACUGACAUUCUAGACGUUUCUGUGCUUCCAACUUUGUGGCAACAGUUGGGGGAAGGCCCUUUCCUGUUUCAACAUGACAAUACCCCGUGCACAAAGUUCAUCAAGAUUGGUAUGGAAGAAGAACUUGAUUGGCUUGCACAGAGUUCUGACAUCAACCCCAUCAAACACCUUUGGGAUGAAUUGGAAUGCCGACUGCGAGCCAGGCCUAAUAUCCCAACAUCAGUGCCCGACUUCACUAAUGUUAUUGUGGAAUGUCUUCCCAGAAGAAUGGAGGCUGUUAUAGCAGCAAAUGGGGGACCAACUCCAUAUUAAUGCCCAUGAUUUUGGAAUUAGAUGUUUGACACGCAGGUGUCUGUCCACAUACUUUUGGUCAUGUAGUGAACCUCAGCCUCUCCACCCCUUCUUAUUCAUUACCACACCUCAAUCUACCAGAUGUCUGGAUGGGGUUGCCAGUCCUUAUAAUGACAAAUGUACUGCUCUGUAUGGACAUUCAACAUCUUAAUGGCAGCGCUACCAAGGAAAGUUUGGUCAUUAAAGGGAUACUUUGGAAUUUAGGCAAUGAUGCCCUAUAUCUACUUCCGCUGAGUCAGAUGAGCUCGUAGACACCAUUUUUAUGUCUGUGUCCAGUAUGAAGGAUGUUGGAGGUAGUUUCACUAGCAGAUACCCAUAGAAUUCCAGUCAUUGCGCUAAUGCUACACUGAACAAAAAUAAAAAUGUAAUGUGAAGUGUUGGUCCCAUGUUUCACGAGCUGAAAUAAAAGAUCCCAGAAAUGUUC